UUUGCUAUAUCAUUUCUCUCGCGCCCCUUCAUUUCAAUCCCAUCCCCUCUCUCUCUUCAACCACACGAAAAAGAAUACCAGAAAUGCCCAGAGCUAUGGUGGAGCUUGAUUUCUUCGGACUGGACAAGCAGCCGCCGCCGCCGAAGACGACGGCUACGUCUCCCAAGCCUAAGUUCCAGAAAUUUCUCGAUCGACGUCGCAGCUUCCGAGAGAUUCAAGGUGCGAUUGCGAAGAUCGAUCCUGAGAUCAUCAGAUCUGUUAUUGCUUCAGGUGCUCCGAAUCACAGCAGAGACAGCAGAAGCCUGUUCGAUUCACCGAGCAGACCUGGGUCGGUUCCGUCAACUCCGAGGAACGAUCAGCCUCAGAUUCCGGUUCCGUCGCUCCACGUGCCGGUUCCUAGGCACAGUACGGAGUACGCCCCAGAAACAGCUCCUAUGACGAUUUUCUACAACGGAACCGUCUCGGUUUUCGAGGUUUCUUCCGACAAGGCGGAGAGCAUUUUGAAGGCUGCUUUGGAUGCAUCUCCGCUAAAGGAGGCCGAAUCAACCGAACCAGAUGUUUCCGCCCCUCCUUGCAAAAGGCAAAAGCUCUUCGGCCAGAAUCUCGGAGGAGAUCUACCAAUCGCAAGGCGAAAGUCACUUCAAAGGUUUUUGGAGAAGCGGAAGGAGAGGUAAUCCGUCCUCCUACCAUCCCAGAGGAUGAAGCUCUGCUCGCUCACCUUUUUCUAACAAAAAGAUUGGAACCAAACUCUCUGUUCAUAACUGACUUAAAGUAAAAGACCGCUUUUGACAAUCGAGCCCCCGUUUCACAUUUUACUUCGCUGGAGGCUCACCAAAGCAACCAAGGCGUAAGAAAGUGAAUUCCGGAUGCUUAUUAUUCUUUAUUUUUAAUUUUUUUUUUACUUAUUAUAUUUUAGUUGAUCCCAAAGCUCCGUUUUGAAGGUAUAUUCUAACUUUGUAGUCAGAUAUUUUACAUUGAACUUAAUUUUUAUUUAUUUCGUCAGUUGAUUUU